UAACCCGGCGGAGAUCGGAGAGGAAGGAGCGGAGCGCACUGCCGGAGCUGCUGGGAGAGAGGGGGAGAGAGGGAGAGAGAGAGAAGAGAAAGAGAGAGAGAGAGAGGGAGAGAGAGAGACAUUCGUUCAGCACAGAGAGAGAAAGAGAGAGAGAGAGAGGGGGGAGACAGAGACGCGUGUUGGAGCAGAGAAAAGCUCAGUUUGGAUGAGGAGCAGAGCGGAGAGGCUGCACGUUCAUUUCCUCCCGAUCAGCUUUUACGCACGCACACCGGUGCUGCUGCCGCCGCCUCCUCCGAGACACCUCAGCCUGCGUCCCUGGCGCAAGAAACGGAACCGUUCCCCAUCCGGACAGUGUCCUCACAGGACAAUCGAUGGGACGACAUUUGGUGUUUAUUUUAAUCACAGGUGCUUUUACCAAGUAGACGCGCCACUUGGAGAUUGAGCCACAGGAGAAGAUCUGGGAAUAUUUACAUCGAAACAAACAGGGAAAGACGCGUGGGACUUUUCUCCCCCCCCCUUAUUUGCCAAACUUAUUUUUUUUUUGCCGGUAGAUUCUUCUGAUGGUUCCCGGUGAAUCCAACAAGUGAUUUUUUUUUUUUUACUUUGUUUGAAUUUUGUAAUUUCCCUCUCAGCCGUGUCAGGUCUGUAUCCCCACGCGCGUCUUGCCUGACACACGGACCCGGUGCUGUCGACCCUGAGCACCGACAUGGAUUUCGCGACUUUAAAAACGUGUUUACCGGACGAACUGCGCUGAUUUCAGGCCAGUUUCCUCGACAGAAGACGUGGUGCCACACACACUGACACAGCCUAAACGAACAUUACAGUUUUUUCCACUUUGAUAUUGUUGGAGAGGAGAGCACACGCAUUUGUGGAGGAGUUUGGGCACCGGUCGUGUUGCGCACUAGAGAAAUAGAAAACUGUGGAAAAGGAGACUGUGGGAAAGGAGACUGUUGGAUCACAAACUUCUCACAUAUUAAAACCACAGAAGAAGAUAAGAAGUGACUUUUCCCCCACACAUGAGAGGAGAGAAGAUGGAUUUACUCAUAUGGCUCUGUGGAUGUUUACUGGCUUUUCUUUCGCCUCCAGUCAGAGCAGAAGAAGGAGCGUCUGAGCCAUGCGGCGGCUUUUUAGAUGCCAGCGAUGCCGGAUACAUCACCACACCUGGCUACCCGCUGGAGUACCCGCCCCACCAGAACUGCCGCUGGGUCAUCACGGCCCCCGAGCCUUCGCAACGCAUUGUCCUCAACUUCAACCCGCACUUUGAGAUAGAGAAGCUGGACUGCAGGUAUGACUACGUAGAGAUCCACGAUGGAAACUCAGAGUCCGCCGACCUACUGGGGAAGCACUGCAGCAACAUCGCCCCCGCACCAAUCAUAUCGUCGGGCCCCUCGCUCCACAUCAAGUUCGUAUCGGACUACGCCCACCAGGGGGCAGGCUUCUCGCUGCGAUACGAAAUCUUCAAAACCGGUUCAGACUGUUCCCGUAACUUCACCAGCCCCUCGGGUCUCAUCGAGUCUCCGGGCUUCCCCGACAAAUACCCGCACAACCUGGAGUGCUCCUUCAUCAUUGUUGUCCCUCCCAGCAUGGACGUCACCCUCAGCUUCCUCACCUUUGACCUGGAGAACGACCCCCUGCCAGGUGGAGAGGGGGACUGCAAAUACGACUGGCUUGAGGUCUGGGAUGGGCUCCCUGGAGUGGGCCCUCUGAUUGGCCGUUACUGUGGGACCAGGGUGCCUCCCGAGAUCCAAUCAUCUACCGGGAUUCUCUCGCUGUCCUUCCACACGGACAUGGCUGUGGCUAAAGAUGGCUUCUCGGCCCGAUACAACAUGACGCACAAGGAAGUCAGUGAGAAUUUCCACUGUAGUAAUGCCUUCGGUAUGGAGUCGGGAAAGAUCACCGACGACCAGAUCACGGCCUCAUCAAGUUUCUAUGAUGAGCACUGGCUGCCGCGACAGGCCCGACUCAACUACCACGACAAUGGAUGGACGCCCAAUGAAGACAGCAACAGGGAGUACAUCCAGGUGGAUCUCCACACUCUGAAGGUGCUGACCGGCAUCGCCACGCAGGGCGCCAUUUCGAAGGAAACUGAAAAGGCGUACCAUGUCACCACCUUUAAGCUCGAGGUCAGCACCAACGGAGAGGACUGGAUGGUCUACAGACAUGGCAAGAAUCACAAGGUUUUCCAUGCCAACGUGGACGCCACAGAGGUGGUCCUCAAUCGGAUCCCGCUGCCGGUCCUGGCCCGCUUCGUGCGAGUCCGACCUCAGACCUGGAAGAACGGCAUCGCGCUGCGCUUCGAGCUGUACGGCUGUCAGAUUACGGAUGCUCCCUGCUCAGAACUACAGGGCAUGUUGUCUGGGCUGCUGCCCGACUCCCAGAUCUCUGCAUCCUCCAUGAGGGACAUCCACGGCUCCAUGGGUGCAGCCCGACUGGUGGCCAGUCGGUCCGGCUGGUUCCCCAACCCGACGCAGCCUAUAGCUGGAGAAGAGUGGCUACAGGUGGACCUGGGUGUGCCCAAGAUGGUGCGAGGCAUUAUUACCCAGGGUGCAAGAGGGCUGGAGGGCAGCACCAGCGCCGAGAACAGGGCAUUUGUCAGGAAGUACAAACUGGCGCACAGCUUGACCGGCAAAGACUGGACGUCCAUCACUGACAGCAAGACUGGGUUCGCCAAGAUUUUCGAAGGCAACGGCCACUACGACACUCCAGAGGUGCGGAGGUUCGAGGAGAUAGUCGCCCAGUACAUCAGAGUGUUUCCGGAGCGGUGGUCGCCUGCUGGGAUCGGCAUGAGGAUGGAGGUGCUCGGCUGUGACCUGCCAGAAUCCACCACUGUACCUGACACAAUGACCCCCACUGUGCCCAGAGUGGAAAUGACCACUGCUGCAAUGAGACCUGCCACCACUCCAUCCCUGUCAGCCGUCUGUGACUUUGAGCAGAGCUUGUGCGGCUGGUCGGCUGAUCCUCAGUCAGGUGUGAGCUGGUCCCUGCACACAGCCGGCAGCAGUUCAACAGGACACGACACACAUGAGACCCGGCAGGAUCUGGCACUGGGAUCAGACAAUUUUUCAGGGAACUACCUCCACAUGGAUGCCGGCGCCCACACCCAGCGCAAGCGAGCGCGGCUGCUGAGCCCCGAGGUGGGCCCCGAGCAAGGCCCGCUCUGCCUCCUCUUCUACUACCAACUCCAGGGGGAGGCGCAGGGGAGCCUGAGGGUCCUGCUGAGGGACAACGACCAGGAGGAGACACUGCUGUGGGCGCUCAAGGGAGACCAGGGGCCACACUGGAGGGAGGGCCGCACCAUCCUGCCCCAGAGCCCCAAAGAGUAUCAAGUGGUGUUUGAAGGUUUUUUCGAUCACUCCACCAGAGGCCACAUCAGAAUAGACAACAUCCACAUGAGCAUCAGCAUGGAGCUGGAGCAGUGCACACAGCCUUUCCCUGCCUUAACUCCUGGAAUAAACAGGGGUGCCAUGUCUGGAAUGGAGCCCACAGUAGACUCAGUGGUGGCACAGCCUGUCCCCGCCUACUGGUACUAUGUGCUGGCGGGAGUCGGCGCCAUCCUGCUGCUGGUCACUGUGACCGUGGUGGUGAUUCUGUGCUGCCAUCGGUACCACUGGGCAACCAAGAAGACCAGCAGCAGCGGUCAUCACCAUUCUGUGAUGUACCAGAGCGGCCAACAUUCGAAUCAGCAAGCUCAACAAAACUGCUACCAGAACCAAAACCUCAGCUAUAAUCUGAUCCACUGCCCCGACCAAAGCCACCUGUACCCGGGCACCGGGCCGAGUCCGGACCCCAUGCUCACCAUCCGACUGGAGAAGGAUGACAGCUAUGAUUCCCAGUGUUGAGACAACUGGACAGUGGGAAUGAUUCAGAUUUAUCGGAGCGCUUUUCUCAAACAAAGUGAUGAAAGGGUGUGAACCCUCCCUGAAACGAACGAUCGACAGCAGUAUUCAGUAAAUCGCCGCUCUUCGUUGAUGUGAAGCUUCACUGAGGAGACACUAGUUCCUGUUGCGUAUGACUGGUCUGACUGACGGACCAGGAUGUUGCUAAACUUCCUCGUUGGCUGGAACUGGUAGAAUAAGAAAAGUGCAAUUUCUGAUGCUGAACUUUGUGCGUAUGGCUCAUUGGGGAGAAUGGAGGAAAUGACUGACUCUGAUGAGGGGCUGAUAACAACAACAACAACAACAACAACAACAACAACAACACAGCGCAACUUUUCUUUUUGCUUCUUCAGCCGCACCACAACCUGAAAAAUGAGCUGGAAUAUGAGCAGAACAACAAAGUCACACUCAGACUGACACGCAGACUGUGGACAAGACGCAGUGUUCAGUGUCAAAUCCGUAACAGCUUAUUUUUCCUCCUCUGCACCGCUCGGGUCUGCAGCUUGGACACUUGCCUGCCUCCAAAUACCUUGUCUGACAGUGAAGGGAUUUACACACAGGUACAGGGAGAGAGAGAGAGAGGAGACGGUGCGCGCUGCAUCAAAAGAGAAGGCUAUUUCUUUGGGACUGAAUGAAGCUGCAGUUUAUUUGUUCGCUGGCCCUUUGAGGGACUGCGAGUGACACAGAUUAAGGGGAGAAAAGGGAGCGGUAGAGGGAGAAUUAGUGGCGUCUGUCCAGCUGUGACUGAUAGACAGCUGCACACAUCCAGCGUGUGUGUGUGUGCGCGGCUUCUUUGGUGUGCGAGCGAGGAGUCGGCGCUGUGCCUGCGUUAACGCAAAGAGAAAGAUAGGAUGAGACAAACACUCACAACACUGCAUCAAAACAUGCAACACACACACACAUACCGUACUCCUCAAUACUCCCCAAGUCCCACGUGUCAUCCUGAGUGUGUUUGUCAUUACAUCCUGAUAUGCCUUUUCUUUUUUAAACGUGCUUUAAAAACGAUUACCUCCUCACCUCCAGAACGAGGUCGUGCCUCAGGGUGAGAUUAAGACGGUGAACGGACUUCACACAGUUUGUUGGAUAAUCUGAUGCCUGUGUCUGUAAAUGAUCAAAUCAAACAUCUUAGUAUGUCCUGCAUACGUUAGACAAACAAUAACACAAUGAUAGAUGAUGUUGAGUAUCUGAAGGCACGGGUAUGUUUUCUAUAAGUUUUUUUUUGGGGCCCUUAAACUCUGUUGUAGUUUUCCUUGUCUCUGCACGUGCGAGAAAAAUAUUUAUGUGUUGUGCUCAUUCAUUACAUCUUGAGUGUUAUUCUGACAGAUCCAUACUUUUGAGCAGAUUGGUCUGGUAACGUAUAAAAAACAACUGGUUACCAAAUUGCCAGUUUUGCUUCUAUUCAACAGGUGAGACCAAACAUGCUGUGACAAAAGAGAAUCUUACUUAUGAAGCUUUUUCAGGAAAUAACUCAUUCACAGCUCGGUUGUGUUAUUGAUCACUUUAUUCACCACAGUCUGUUAAAUACCAGGUUCCAUUGCACCAAUACUGUCAGACAACUCACGACUUUUCUGAUGUGUUUUUAUUUUUAAAUCACGUGUCGUUCAGAUGUUUAUAUGUUGGCAUGAGCCAUUGAAAGAUUUCACUCCAGUGUAACCUGAUGCACUUCUGUCACGUUGUUUUACACAUGAUUUUUGCAAUGUUGAGAUUAACAUUAGCACUUUUCUUCUUAAUGUUCAUUUAUUGAAGGUUGAUUGGUUGACUUGAUUAUUACGUCAUUGAGUAUUGUACCAGUGGUGAGUUGAACACCAUUUGUUUUUCUUUCUUAUCUCAAUCACAGUAGGUCUACGUGUAUUUUUUGAUGUGUAAUAGUUCAACUAUGUUUAUUUUUAUACUUACUGACAAUUGUUGUAAGGCUGCAGUUUUGUAGAUUGUGCUCACUGAGAUGAUCUUAACAGUUUUUUUGGCUUUUAGUUCGGGGGUUAGAUCCUCUCCAGUUGAAGCCAUUUUGCAACAGCAAAUGUGUGUUUGUCAUCUAAAGCAUCGUGUUGAAUCCAUAUAGGGCCACAAAGCAAAUCAAUAUGUAAAAAAAACAAAUUAUUUAUUUCCUUUGUUUUGGAUUGAGAUGACCUGAAACUUUUAUUCCGAUCCACGCCUGUGAAAUAGUCUGUUUGGUUCUUAUUUUCCUGACUUCUCAAAUCACCAUCCUGUGUUUUAUGCCACUACCCUCGUAUAUAUAUAUAUAUAUCAUUUUUGUUCAUGCCCAAAUCCCUCAGCCUUUUUUUUUCCUUUUCAUAUUGUUCAAUCCAAACCCAUUGUUUCUAUUCUUCUCAUACCCUCCGUCGCAAUUCUCCGUAGUAAAAAAAACACGAGAGAGAAAAGGAGAGAGCUAAAUCCCUCGGAGGAAAAAGGGCCCAUUAAGCAAGCCCCCUUUUCCCUCCAAACAAUGCGUCCAGAGAUGGAAUGAGAUGAAAGAAAAAGGAGGAAAGAAAUGCUCUCUACAUACUUUCUAAAGAUAGAUAUUUUUUUUUCUCCCUUUUACUGGGAAGACAAACAGGGAGGCAGGUUGUGAGGUUUUGGAGUGAUGGAGGGAGAGGAUGGAAGGAGGAGGGCAGGUUGUUUCAAACACAAAAGCAGAUGAAAGAGGUCUUUUGGCAGAACAGACUGGGUAAUGGAGACACACAUAACAUGCACUGCACACUUAUUUCACACACACACACACACACAAACCUGUGUAAGCAGAGAAUCUAGAUUUUCCAAUGCUUUUGCACACUGUACAGUUUCUCCACACUCACUUACUUUAUUAUAUUGUGUCUCAUACAAUACUCUGUUUUGUACUUUAGUCAACAGGCACUUUACUUUUUUUUGUGCUUGCAUAUCCAUUUUCCCUCCUCCCUGGCACCCUCUCCCUUCCAUUUCAAUCGACUUGCGUAUGAUUUACACAUUAUGUGACUCAUUCCAGCAGCCCUCUGCUGUAACCCAAUCAAUGUGGGUCUGAAAAUUCAAAUACAGGAAUGAUAUAUGACAGUAUUUAUGUUGUGCUGCCCGUGCACUUUUUCUUUUCCAUCCACCCUCUCUCUCUCUCUCUCUCUCUCUCAAACUUUUUGCAAGAUUUGGAAAAUGUGCUGGCAUCUCCUCAUGCGGCACUUUUAAAUCAAGCCUUCCCUCCCUUCCCUCUCCCUUCCCCAUCAUAGACUACUUUGAAGCCUUUUAAUAUUUCUAAUUAGUUAAUGGAGCUGAUUGCGUUCAUAAAACCCUGCAGUAAGCAUUUCUAGCCCACAGGCCAUCGCGCCUUUUUUUUUUCCUCUUUCCUCCUCCUCCUCCUCCUGUUUCCUUGAGAAAUAUUACGAGUGAAAGCACUAACAGGUCCUUGGGCCCCGACUGGCGCUGCAUAUGGUGCCAAAGAGCCGUCCGUGUCUUUGCCCGAAUAAAAGAGCCCCCUUUUUAUACUCUCCUCUUUACUAAUUGGAGAGUGGAGAUAAAAUGGGGCUACGGGGAGUUUUA